UGAAAACCAUUCGGACUAUGGCUACCAAAUUUGGUUUGCAGUAACAUCUUAUUGUCCUCUACCAAGUUUGUUCAAAUUAUGCCCUUUGGGUCAAAUUUGACCCUGACCCGCGGGUCACAAAAUUGAACAUUAUAUACACUUCUUUCUUGCUUAUUUUGUGAAAACUUUUAAAAUAUUCUUGUCCUUAACUCUCGGAUCUAGGGCUACCACAUUUUGUAUGUAGUGAGAUAUAGUAGUUCUCUAUGUGUCCAAUAAUUAUGUUGAUGAAGGUGGCAGUGGUAAUGACUUGAUAUGUCUGUGAGAUAUGAAUGCCAAAGUCUUCGAUUUACAUAACAUGAAUUUUUAUGUAAAAGUGGUGGUUCUUCAUAAAUUCUACAUGUUCUUUGUAAAUGAUGACCUCUACAAAGUUGUUCCAGGAGUACCAUAUUGCCUGACAAUCUUUUGUUUUAUUGUUAACUUAAACUGUACUUGAUUCUAGCAUGCCACUAUACUUCUUUGAAGUAAUUUGAGCAAAGUUCUCACUGUUUAGUAAUGUAUACAUUGUUUAAGGUACAUUUUAAUUUCACAUUUUGUAGGUGGACUUCAAUAUGUAUGAUCUACUUAUGCUGCCACAAUGUAAAGGCAACAAUCACUGGGUUUUGCUGGUUGCAAGUGUUAUGUCCAGGACUGUAACCAUUUACGACUCAUUGGGUGGUAACAACAAGGCCUUGUUCGAUUUGUUCUGCCAGUUCAUGUGUCAACGAGGGCAAAUUGUGAAAGAUGGCUUGGAAAAAAUCAGUUCAGAGUUAAAAGCGCCACCUUGCAACAAACAGCGCCACGGAAACAGCUGUGGAGUGUUUGCAUUGAUGACUGCCAAAUGUUUGGUCAUUAAAAAGCAUCCCACAAUGUUGCGACAGGCCUAUGAUUCAGUUUAUCGAGACUAGUCGUGAGAAGCAGACUUCUGAUUCCUGGAGUGCGGCAAACAUAUCUGUGCGACUCGAUCACUCCACUGUAAAGACCCGCACGGCAUUAAAAUGGAUAUUAUCAAUAUGUGUUGUUGCUCGAAAAUAUGUUUGUGUAGCAGGAAGUGCUUUGGGCUCGAUUAAUCUGAGAACUCAACAAAAUAUUAAUAAAAUCCUUCUGUGCCUUUUAGUUCUGAAAACAGAAGUAGCCAGUUGGUAUUACACAUCUCCUAAACAAGUACAGCACGAUAAAACUUAUAAACCUA